UCCAAAAAGGUUAUUUUCGUCAAUUUUCCCCAAACCUUCGAGUUCAUUCUCACUUCACCUUUCACGCACUCUCUCUCUCCCUGCUUGACGUUCUUGCCGCGCCGCCGUCUCUCUCCGUUCAGCGCCAUCGCAGCCGCCGCCCUCCUACCGGUAGAGGAAGCCAAUAUGUUCUUCCACAUAGUUUUGGAGAGGAAUAUGCAGCUACACCCACGGCAUUUUGGCCGUAACCUCCGUGACAACAUCGUCUCAAAACUUAUGAAAGAUGUUGAGGGCACUUGCAGCGGCCGUCAUGGUUUCGUAGUGGCAAUUACAGGAAUUGAGAAUAUAGGGAAAGGAUUGAUUCGUGAUGGGACAGGUUUCGUCACUUUUCCCGUCAAAUAUCAAUGUGUCGUGUUUAGACCAUUCAAGGGAGAAAUUUUAGAAGCAGUUGUUACUAUGGUAAACAAGAUGGGGUUCUUUGCUGAAGCUGGACCAGUCCAGAUUUUUGUUUCAAACCAUUUGAUACCAGAUGAUAUGGAGUUUCAGUCCGGGGAUGUGCCAAACUAUACCACUUCGGAUGGAUCAGUUAAGAUUCAGAAGGACAGUGAAGUUCGAUUGAAGAUAAUCGGGACUCGAGUAGAUGCAACUGAAAUUUUUUGUAUUGGAACCAUAAAAGAUGACUUCUUGGGUGUGAUCAAUGACCCUUCGGCAGCUUAGGUGUUCAUCUUGUUCCAGAAUCAUUCCUUACACUGGAGUUGUCAGUUUGUAUAUUGUUAUUUAUUAACCUUAUCAUUAGGGGAAAAAAAUCUAAUUUUGCUGUAUAGUUUGUACAUUUUUUCUACUGCUUAUCCACAUAGUUAUAUGGAUCCUUUUGCCAAUUACUUGGUCUGGUGGUAUUUAGAAUGAGAAACAUAUUCAUAUGAUUAAAUUAUAAA